GCGGCUGCAAGCCUGGAGGAUGGUGGUUACUAGGUCCGCGCGGCCUCGGGCCGGGAUGGAAACCACGUCAGUUGAAAGCUCCCAGCAGAAGAAUUCUGCUGCCUCAAGAAUUCACACACAUCCAAAAGGCCAGAAGGAAUCUCCAUCUGAUGACCGAAGUAUUGCUGAAUCACAGACCAGUAGGGAACAAAGUCCAGCUCCUAAAACCAGGAAGAGGAAGAGCAGAACUACAGGUUCAUUACCAGGAAUAAACAAACCUUCUACUGAUGGAGAGAUCUCUGAAGCAGAGUCAAACUGUUCUUCUGUGUCUGAGGCCCAGAAUCCCAUUUUAAGAGUAACUAGGAGAAGGCAGAUCUUAGUUGCAGGCACCCCAGUUUCCAGUGUAAGGAAAAAGCUGAAAAUAACUCGAGUAAGUGAGUCUCAUACUGAAGAAGUCUCUGAAGCAGAAUCACAUAUUUCAGGUAUUUCUAGAAUUGUGCAUCCCACAGAAAUAACAACAAGAACCAGGAGAAGUAAGGCUAAAUCCCGAACCAAUCCAAACCAAGAAUCCCAUGUGGAAGCUAAUUCUGAUGCUGAGUCAUCAUGCUCAGACAUUUCUUCAUUUUCUGGAAUUGCAACUAGGAGAACAACAAGGAGUAUGCAAAGGAAAUUACAGGCACAAACUGAGGCGAAUGAUACUAAGAUUGUACCAGGAAAUGAAAAGCAAAUCAUAAAUACACCUGUGAAUUUAGAGGAUUCAGAUACCAGACGAACUUCUUGUUUACUAGCAAGAUCGCUUUCUCAGAUAAAUAAGCCAAAUAUCUCUAAUAAUGAAACUUAUGAUGACCCUGCUAAUGACUCCUUCUUUGGAAAUUCAGGAAAAAAACUAAUAGUGCAAAAACACCAAAGUUUUAAUAUAAGAGAGGAAAAACAAGACAACGUUUCACCUCUCAAAGAAAUAACAAAGCAGAAUUGUAAGAGCUUAGAGGAAGAAGCCAAAGGAAUAAUAGAUGCGGGAAAAGAAAUUAAUGAGAAAAAUUCUCAGUUGAAGAGUCUUUCUGAACUUCAGGACACUAGCCUUCAGCAGUUAGUUUCGCAAAGGCAUUCAACCCCUGAAAGUAACAAAACCACCUCAGCAUCCUCAAACCUGAACUGUGAGGCUGUAAUGAAAUCGUUAGCUCAAACAUUUGCAGUUGUGGAAGUGGACAGAUGGAAUGAAGAGAGAAACAGCAGCAUAAAAACAAGUGACUGGACAGAACUUGGUGAUGGUGGUGAUAGUGAUGAAGAAGCAGAGUGCACAGUUAUAGCUGUUGGCGAAGACAUGAGCAAAGAAAGGGGUGUAGAUUUUGAGUGUGAUACCAAACUGUGUGAACUUGAGCCCAGCACAUCUCAGGAUAAAGAUGGUUCUGUUUUAUUAGUUCUCAGCAGUGAUGAAAGCCAGCAGUCUGAAAACAGUGAGAAUGAAGAGGACACUGUGUGUUUUGUUGAAAAUAGUGGGCAAAAAGAGUCAUUAAAUGGAGACUCAGAAAAUACAUCACCUGACAAUGCAUUGUUUGUAAUUGACACAACUCCUCAAUUGAGUGCUGAUAAAAAUUUUUGCUUGGAUGAAGAAGACAAGGCAAGUGAGGUUGCCACUGAGGAAGAAGAGGAGGAGGAGGAAGAAAGUGAAGAAGAACCAUCAGACAGUGACAGAAGUAAAGAUAAUGAGUUUAGUGAUGAAGACAACUUACUAAAUAGCACAAAAUCUAAACUUCUGAAGUUGACUAGCAGCAGCAUAGAUCCUGGUCUGAGUAUUAAGCAGUUGGGUGGUUUGUAUAUUAAUGUCAAUGCAGACAAGCUACAGUUGAACAAGAGAACUCUAACACAGAUCAAGGAGAAAAAGAAAAAUGAGCUUUUGCAGAAAGCCGUCAUUACUCCUGAUUUUGAAAAAAACUACUGUGUCCCACCAUAUAGUGAAUCAAAGUAUAAACUUCAGAAAAAACGCAGACAAGAGCGACAAAAAACAGCAGGUGAUGGCUGGUUUGGUAUGAAAGCUCCAGAACUGACAGAUGAACUGAAAAAUGAUCUCAAAGCACUGAAGAUGAGAGCUAGCAUGGACCCAAAAAGGUUUUACAAGAAAAAUGAUAGAGAUGGCUUCCCCAAGUACUUCCAGAUUGGAACCAUUGUUGACAAUCCAGCUGACUUCUACCAUUCACGAGUUCCCAGGAAACAAAGGAAGAGAACUAUUGUGGAGGAACUGCUGGCCGAUUCUGAGUUCAGAAGAUAUAACCGAAGGAAGUACUCAGAGAUUAUGGCUGAAAAGGCAGCAAAUGCAGCAGGAAAGAAGUUUCGAAAGAAGAAGAAGUUUCGCAAUUAAGAUUCACCAAAAGCAAAUCACAAAAUUUUACAUCUCCCCUUUAUUUAUUACUAAAGAUAUUUUGAAAACUGACACAACCAUCACACAAAUUAACAUAGCCUGGCCCUAUUUAUAUAUAGGGAUUUCUCUUUGGAAAAAGUUGAUUUUAGAGAGGAUUAAUCACAUGCCCCUUGGGAUAAAAAUAGGGGUGUCUACAAA